AAAUAAAACUGUUUUUUCCUUUCGAUAAGAAUAAUAAAUAAACGCAGAGUAGUGGGUAUUAUGGAAGCUCGUGCAUGCGACGGCGGAGAUGGCGUCUUAUACUUAUAUCGAUUACUGUGCUAAUUAAUGAUGCUCUGUUAAUUACACUCUUUUUUAAAUUACUUUUUUGUGUAGCUUAAAUAGCUCCCCGUGGUACUUGUAUACCGUCACACCUCUCUACGAUUUGCAGGCAUUCAGGCAUAUUCCGAAUUUCUUCCUACUUAAUUUUGCUUUUCUAGCUUCUUCGGAGAUCUCAAAGUUUACUGUAAAUACCUCGUUCAUAUGUGUCUGUGUCUGGGACCUGUUAGGAGCCAAAUAUACACGGGACAUUUUUAAUUAAGAAGCUCUGUAUAUUACUAUACAGUCGUCAUACAGAGUUAAAUUAGAAGCAAUACAUUAUGUCUGGAGUUGAAGAGAAUCUACCACCUCCACCCCCUAAUCCACCAGGAGGCUUUGUACCCCAACAGGUACCUCAGCCCAUUCAACAAUCUACAGAAGGGCCCCUAGCCCCUCGCAUUCUACCUAUGAAAAGACCUGGUAAGGGCCAAUCUGGUCGACCAAUAAAGCUUCUGUCUAAUCACUUCAGCGUAGCAUUUUCAAAUCUUCAAGAUUCUUUUCACUACAAUGUUACAAUCAGCAGUGAUCGUGGGCCUAUUACUAACAAGACUUUGUUGAGGAAAAUAAUGGAUAAAGUGAAGGAGGUCUACGGCCAGACAGAGCUGAAUGGCAAGGAAUUUGCUUAUGAUGGAGAGAAGAGCAUGUUUACUGUUGGAGCUCUUCCUCAAAAUAACAUUGAAUGUACUGUUCUUAUUGGGGAGGAAGCGAGCGGAUCUGGGGCUGGUGACAAUGGAAGAAAGAAAAUGAGAAGAGAUGACAGAGCAGAGAAAUUCAAGGUGGAGAUCAAUUUUGCUGCAAAGAUCUCAAUGAAAUCCCUUGAAGCUGUUUUAGGAGGUGAUGUGUCUGACAAAUGCCAGGAUGCAUUGAGGGUUUUAGAUAUAAUUCUCAGGCAACAUGCUGCCAGAAAGAACUAUCUGUUGGUGAGACAAAGCUUUUUUCAUUGGAGCUUUGCUCCAUUAGUUGAUCUGGGAGGUGGUGUUCAAGGAUGUAAGGGAUACCAUGUUAGUUUUAGGCCUUCACAGAAGGGCCUGUCUCUGAAUAUGGAUGUUUCAACAACCAUGCUUAUUAAGCAUGGCUAUAUGAUGGAUUUCUUAUUAGAAAAUCAAAAUGCUCGCCAACCAUGGGAUGUUGAUUGGUUGAAGGCAAGAAGAGUGUUGAAGGGGAUCCGAAUAAAGGCAGUUCACACGAAUAUGGAAUUUAAGAUUUUGGGUUUCAGUGAGAAUAAAUGCAAAGAACAACUAUUUUCUUUGAAAGUAAGAAACCCUAAUGGUCAAGAUACCGAAUCACCACCGAAAACAAUAGAGGUGACAGUUUUGGAUUACUUCAUGAAUACCAAAGGAAUGACUUUAAGAUAUUCAGCAGAUUUACCUUGUGUGGAUGUGGGUAGACCGAAACGACCUAAUUAUCUCCCAAUAGAGCUCUGUGAGAUCCUUCCUGGUCAGAGAUACACAAAGGGCCUUACUACUGCUCAACGCUCAUCUCUUGUUGAGCAAUCUAGACAGAAACCAGAUGAUAGAAUGGUGGUUUUGCAAAAGGCAAUGGUGGCCAAUGAUUACAAUUCAGACCCACUUUUGCGAGCGUGCAAUAUUAAUGUAAAUAAGCAGUUGAUGACCAUAGAUGGCCGCAUUCUUGAUCCACCGAAGCUGAAAUUUGGUCAAGGUGAAGAGACCCCACAACGGGGUCGUUGGAACUUCAACAACAAGACCAUGGUUCAACCAGCAGAAGUUAAAAACUGGGCUUUAGUUAAUUUCACAAGAAGCCAUGAGAAUGAGUGUAGACGAAUUGCUGAUGACCUUAAACGGUGCUGUGAAAGAAAAGGAUUGAAGUUUGAUUUGGUCGGCCAAAUUUUUUGUGAGAAUCCAAGGGAUAUGCACGCUAACCCUGUGGAUAGGGUGGACAGGAUGUUAAAUCAAAUGAAAUCUAGGCUUUCACAGCCACCUGUUUUUCUGCUGUGUCUUCUGCCAGAAAGGAAGACAAGUGCUCUUUAUGGUCCUUGGAAGAAAAAGUUCCUUUCAGAAAAUGGUAUUGUGAAUCAGUGCAUAGUUCCAUCAAAGAAAAUGAAUGAUCAGUACUAUACAAAUGUAGCCCUGAAAAUAAAUGCUAAGGUUGGUGGGCUUAACUCUAUUCUCUCUUUAGAACAUAAUAGUUCUGUACCACGCAUAUCCUCACAUCCAACAAUCAUUAUUGGUAUGGAUGUUUCACAUGGUUCUCCAGGACAUGGUGAUACACCUUCAAUUGCAGCUGUCGUUUCUUCUAGAGAAUGGCCUCUGAUUUCAAAAUACAGAGCCUCAGUGAGGACUCAAUCUCGAAAGGUUGAGAUGAUCGAAGCUCUAUUCAAACCAAAACCUUCAGAACAAGAUGGCAAAAUGGUUGAUAGUGGCAUGAUCAAGGAGUUGCUGUUGGAUUUUUAUAAAACUUGCAAAACAUCAACUUUUGGACGGAAGCCAAUACAAAUGGUUAUUUUUAGAGACGGAGUUAGUGAGUCACAAUUUGAUCAGGUCUUGAACGUUGAGUUACAAGCUAUAUUAAAGGCAUGCGAUCAUAUUGAGACUGGUUAUAGACCUAAAGUUACAUUGAUAAUUGCACAAAAGAAUCAUCAUACUAAGCUCUUCCAGGCAAAUGAUCCCGCCAAUGUUCUACCAGGAACUAUCGUGGAUACACAAAUAUGUCAUCCAAGAAAUUUUGAUUUCUUUAUGUGCCCACAAAAUGGGAUGAUUGGAACAUCCAGGCCUACACAUUACCAUGUACUACUAGAUGAAAACAAUUUUGGUGUAGACAUUAUUCAAAAUCUUGUUCACGCGUUGUCAUAUGUGUAUCAAAGAAGUACCACGGCAAUAUCUGCAGUGGCUCCAAUAAACUAUGCCCAUCUGGCUGCCACACAAAUGCAACAGUUUUUAAAGGCUGAGGACCUUUCAGAAUCUGCCUCUCGGUCUGGAAGAGGGGAAGGAUCGGUUGCAUCAGGAGGGGGCAAUAUUCCAGAGCUCCCUAAGUUACAUAUUAAAGUUUGUGAUUCAAUGUUCUUUUGCUGAUUCCUGAACUGAUCCUCGAGCACUUUUAAAGUAUUUUCAGAUAAACCCCUUCACUCUCGUACUAACUGAUAAUAGUUUUGACUUAGAAGUAGCAACAGUUUCUUUCGGUGAUUUACUAGAGCUGUAGUCACAUCAACUUUCAAAUCAGUUUUGCCGUUCGUUAUAACUUUUCAACUCUUUUUCAAGUGGGUCGUUCAUGUAAAACUUGAGGUGACACGUCAAAAACUUGGAAGUGGUAGUUCUCUGGAGUAAGAUUUCUUUUGUAGAACUUGUGUACUGGUUUGAUGUAUAUAUGCGUUCAGUUGGAUAUGCUGAUUAAGGUGUUGUAUGAAAUUGGUGACACUGUUGGUCA